UCUCAGUACUAUAAAAAUUUACAAAAGAUUAUGGCAGGCGUAUUAUUUGAAGAUAUAUUUAAUGUGAAAGACAUGGAUCCAGAGGGAAAGAAAUUCGAUCGAGUUAGUCGAUUACAUUGCGAGUCUGAAUCAUUCAAAAUGGAUUUAAUAUUAGAUAUAAAUUCGUGGAUUUAUCCUAUGGAAUUGGGAGAUAAGUUUCGAUUAGUGUUAGCUACGACAUUAAGGGAGAACGGUUACCCUGAUGGAGGAGAAUGGAAUCCUUUAGAAACGGAGGGUAACAGGGCUGACAGUUUCGAGUAUGUUAUGUCGGGCAAAGUUUAUAGGAUAGAAGGUGAUGAAGCAGCAAUGGAGCCGGCAUCAAGAUUGGCUGCGUAUGUCUCAUUUGGAGGUCUACUGAUGCGUUUGCAGGGAGAUGCUAACAAUUUGCACGGUUUCGAAGUUGACCAGCACAUGUAUCUACUUAUGAAGAGAUUGGCUUUCUAAUUUCAUUAUAAAAAUUUGUUGUAAGGUUAAGA